CGUAGGUUGGUACGGAAGUCGUCAUCGCCCAAAGAGCUCUAUAUUAUCUGGCCGAUUGCUGUGCAACAACAGCUAAUGAUCAAUCGUGGCAAGGUCGACCGCUGCUGAUGUCUCUUUGCUACACAUAUCACAGCCGCACGGUGAUCAUAAAACCUUCCGGACGCCCGCUCGGCUGAACGACGAUAGCCGACCAGCCUUUUAAAUAAAACCUGCCUAUUUACGCUUAUAUUUCUUAUCUUCUACCACUUCAUACUGAUCUUACACAACACGCCAUGGAUACGCUUCUGACGGUAGACUCGGCGGUCAAUGCGCCACGAUAUCGGCGCAAGUCGAGUACCUUCGUGGACGCGAUCCAUGACUUACCCCAGAAGGAAGAAUUGGCACCGGCCCAACUCUACAGCACCGAAUCAGGGCGUUUGUUCCACGCUGGUCGAAUCGCAAUCGCUACAGUAGGUCUGCCAGCUCGUGGGAAAACACACAUCUCAGUGGCGUUGGCACGAUAUCUACGUUGGCUAGGAGUCAAAACUCGAAUCUUCCAUCUUGGGGAUUAUCGGAGAGCCAUCAUCGGACAGGGCAAGGAUGUGCCUGAUGACUACUUCUUCGUCAACGCUUCGGCUUCGUCAGUGCUUCUACGGCAAAAGAUACUUAAGAAGUGCAGGGAGGACAUCUACCAUUUCCUGAAUCAUGAAAAUGGCCAGAUUGCCAUCUAUGACGCCGUCAAUCCACUCGCAGCGGGACGAAGAUCCCUUGCGAAGGAGUUUGCAAAGCACGACAUCAAGUGCCUCUUCAUCGAAUCAAGUUGCGACGACCAGCGUAUCAUCGAGGAGAACGUCAGGAGCGUCAAAAUCUCCUCGCCAGACUAUGUUGGCUGGUCCGAGAGCGAUGCGGUUAAGCACUACUUGAGUCGAAUGUCAGCUAAAAUUCCGCACUUUGAGACUAUGGAGGAGCCAGAUCUCGACUGGAUCAAGAUGAUCAAUGCCGGGGAGAGAUUGGUGGUCAACAAUACCAGUUUCGGCUACAUAUCUCACCGAAUUGUAUUCUACUUACUCAACCUACACAUCAAAUCCCGACACACAUAUUUUGCACGGGCUGGGGUGACGCUAGAAGAAGAAUCAUUCAAAGCAGAUGCGCCUCUGUCUCCUGCUGGCCGAGACUAUGCAAAGAAGAUGACAAACACUCUACUUCAACAUCGAGAGGAAGAGAGACGCACCAUCAUUGAGAAAGGAGGGCUAGAAGCGCCCCUUAAGCCGCUCAUCGUUUGGACAUCCACCCGUAGAAGGACGGUAGAGACAUCAGCCUUCCUUGAAGGAAGCGGGUUCAAGGUUAGACAGCGGUCGCAGAUGAGUCAACUAAACCCUGGUGUCUGCGAAAAGAAGUCCGAGAGGAGAAUCCGACAGGACUAUCCCGACGAAGUACUAAAGCAUGACCUCGACCCAUAUCACCACAGAUUCCCAAGAGCCGAGUCAUAUCACGAUGUUGCUGUCCGAUUGGAGCCGAUCAUUCUAGAAUUGGAAAGAGAACAGAACGACUUGCUCAUCAUUGCUCAUGAGAGUGUCCUUCGCGUGCUAUACGGUUAUCUAAUGGCCUGCAAUGCGGCCGACAUCCCUUUCCUGUCUUUUCCCCGUGACGAGAUAAUUGAGAUUAUCCCUGCAAGCUACAACAACGAAGCCAAGCGCAUCAAAAUACCAGACCUCCCACCAGAAAUCAUACCAGCAUCACCUGAAGGUAUCAAAGCGCCUGCUCCUCCAAGCGGUUUUGCAACCCCAAUUCCUGGCCUGGGCAGCGGCAUUGCAAGCCCUCGCAUCGGUAUCAGCCGGGGACCUGGGACACCAGAGCCACAAGCAUCUGGGUCCAAAACGCCAGAAGACUCUGAGAUUCUGGCUCACCGAAUGCACGACGUCGUAUGAUAAUAUCCUGUGGUAAACUUGCUUGUACUGGCAAUGCACGAUGAGAUGCGUGAUGAGUAUGUCGACCAAAUCUUUGAAAUAGUAGUGUUUGAAUAAAGAUAACGGCUUAGCCGCCGUGCAAUGUUGAGACAAAUAGGAUAUUAUCCUUGUUGGC